AUGCCCGCGCGAAAACAAACGCGCGCGUUCACCGCGCGCGCCGUCGCCCGCGUCGCGCUCUGCGCGCUCGUCGUCGUCGCAUCGUUCGCGAAUCCGAUCGUCGCGCAAGAUGACGCCGACGCCUCGGACGCCCCUCCCGGGCCCGCGCGCGUGCUCGUUCGCAAGCGAAUCGUCGAGGACCUCGUCGUCGAAGGCUCGAACGUCACCGUGGCCGUCACGCUGACGAACGCGGGGGAGACGGAGGCGAGAAAGGUGAAGGCGCGCGACGACGGGUUCGCGAACGAGGACGACUUCGAGUUGAUCACGGGCAAGGAGUCUCUGAGCGCGACGUACGCGACGAUCGCGCCCGGUGAGAGCGUGGAAUAUUCGUUCGUCGUCGUGCCGAAGAAAUCGGGAUCGUUCCCGGGCGGCGCGGUGAGCGUGUCGUAUUUGGGAACGAGCGGACGAGAGACGACGCACGGCUCGAGCAACGUCUUGGGCGCGACGCCCGUGUACACGACGAUGCAGAAGAACAUCUUCGCCGCGCUCAAGGUGGGGAAGUAUCUCACGCUCGGAGCGUGCCGGACGAUUGAGGAUUGGGUGAAGUACGGCACGAUCAUCGGGAGCGUUUGCGGGGCGCUGUUGUUGAACUGGGUGGCGCUCAAAGUGAAGAAGGGCGUCGCCGCGGCGAGGCGCAAGAUGGCCGUCGCCUCCCUCGAGCGCAGCGACAGGCGCGAAAAGUCGGCAUAAACAUUAGUUACGAUGCGUCGCGUUGUCAUCUCAUCGAAUCGAGUGAAUCU